UCUUGCACGGACUGAAGUAAACCUCGGCAAAUUCAUGAUUCAUUAACGUUACGCCAUUACUCUUUUCUAAAAUGUAACGUAGCGUAUCGCGGAGGGAAAAAAACGCUCUAGUGGAAAUUUGUAACAUUUGGAAUUUCUCAUAACUAAUUCACAAUUUUUUUGAGGAAGCAGUUGUGCAGUCAUCUCUGGCCGGGGAGGGAAGAAUUCUGGAGCGGGAGCCUGUUUCGCAUGAGCUGCAUCAUUUUUGGAGAAGCACAGGCUCAGUGGAGGUGGAGUCAUGAGUGCACAAGAGCCACCUAUACCUGGGAAGGAGAAGUCGGAUGGUGGGAGUGCGGCCACAGAUGGUCCCUCACCAACCUUAGUCCCAAAGACUAAGAACACAACUCCACCACCUGUCACAGUAAAGAAAGAGCCUGGAACCUCAGAAACUAGUAACGGGAAAGUGGGUGAUGCCAAUCCUGCUGAGAUCUGUGUUGUCAUUGGUGGAAAUGAUGGAGGAGCCAGUGGAGGUGCAUCCCGUAGAGCUCAGACCGAGGGUAUGUUUGCCCUUGGUACUCCUCCUCCAACGAAGAGCACAGACUCAUGCAUAGGUUCCUAUGUAUGCGGGGUAUGUGGGAAGAAAUACAAAUAUUAUAACUGCUUUCAGACACACGUCAGGGCACACAGAGAAUCAGAUAGUAUGAUUGCAGAUAGUCUACCCCAGACACCAAACAUCUUGUCUCCUCACUGUAGCCGCCUUCCCAUAGGUGACAUCCUAAUACCAGAUAGCUUCCGUUACUCCUGUGACAUCUGUGGCAAGAAAUAUAAAUACUACAGCUGCUUUCAGGAGCACCGUGACCUGCAUGCAGUUGAUGAUCCAUAUGAACAGGUAGUGUUGCCUGUGGAUGGCCUUAAAGAGGAGGAGCCAGUUGAACCCUACCAGAAAAUUGGACCAAAAACUGGGAGCUAUGUUUGUGAGUUCUGUGGGAAGCAGUACAAGUAUUUCAACCCAUACCAGGAGCACGUUGCUCUUCAUACACCAAUGGGCUCUUUUGAUUUGAAGACAUCACGGGUACAGGAAUGUGGUAGCAUGGAUAUGAGUAAAUUUGGCCACAGCCAAACUGGUAAGAUUAAAAACAGUCCAUUCAGGCGGAAACUGGAAGGUGCAAUUCAGUCUAGUCUGGUUGACACAAACAGUUCGCAGAAUUCAAGCGGAACUCCGAGCCCUCUGGUGGCCAGUACCUUCUCUACAACCCAGAAACCCUACACUUGUGGUGCCUGUGGCAUCCAGUUCCAGUUCUACAACAACCUGCUGGAGCAUAUGCAGUCCCAUGCUGCGGACAAUGAGAACCACACCAAAGGGGAUUCUCCCAAAACCUCCUCAGCCUCCGGUCCUCAAGAGCAGCUGUGGAGAGGCUCUCAGGCGCCGGCCCAUUCCUCAGUUAAACUACAAAUCCCGCCUCAAAGUAUCUCCCAGAGAAACCACACAGUCAGCCAGAAUAACGGACUACCUGAGAAGGAACGACAGCAGGUGGCUGAACGCCUCUUACGGGUAAUGUGUUCAGAUUUGAGCAUGCUCAAUGUGCUCAACAGCAAGGACUUCCUGAAGUUGGCACAGACCCUAGUGGAUACGGGUGCUCGUCAUGGUGCCUACUCCACCUGUGAUGCUUUUGGCAACAUGAGUGCCUUGGCACUGCGCCAGCUGCCCCGCAUGUACAACCAAGUCAAAGUCAAAGUCACAUGUGCUCUGGGCUCCAAUGCUUCCCUUGGUAUCGCUGUCACCUGCCACUCCCAGACAUCAGGCCCAGAUGCUUGCUAUGUUCUAACAGCCUACCAGGUGGAGGGGUCGAGACUGAAGCGCUAUGUGCUUGGGGUGAGGGAGGCUGAACUGAGGGAAGGGCCCGAGCAGGUUCACCACUGGGUGCAGAAUGUGCUGUCUGAGUUUGUGAUGUCAGACAUUCGCACAGUGUAUGUCUCAGAGCCCAAAGUGUGGGCAGCAGGAUUUGCAGGAUCCCCACUUGGUGGUGGUGGCCGGAGCAGGAUAUGCUUGCGAUGUGCUGGGUGUUCCCUUGGUGCAGUUGUCCAGGCUGUUCUUGGGAAGCGUAGCCUCCAGGCUCGAGGCCUUCAUGAGUUGUCUGAGCUUCUCUCAACGUGCCGAGAUAUUGCUUCCUCCACCACGCUGUCCCUUCGUGAGGAACAGUGCACCAACACAUCCACAAGCACAACUGAGGAAGGUACACAGGGCAGCCCUGCCCAAUGCCCUAACCCUCCUUGCUGGGAUCGCAUGGCUGAAGCUCUUCUGCAGGUCCAUGCCCACUUUGAACAGAUUUGUGAGGCUUAUGGACGCAGUAAGACCACAGCUCCUCUCCUCCAAGGUCUCAACAAGCAUCUGCUAGGUACACUGGCUUGUCUGCUGGCACCUCUGCGUCUGGCAGCUCUGGAGCUGAGCAGCCAGAGGAGACCAACCUUACAGCAGGUGCUGCCCGUCUACCUACGCUUGGAGAAGUUUUUCACUUCCAAAGCUGGAGAGGCUGGAACUGGCACAGCUAGCAAACUCUGCCACUACUUCCUAGAAGCACUUAAGGAAAAUUUCAAGGUUGAACGAGCCCACCAGGUAGCCAUGGUCUUGGACCCACAGCUCAAGCUGCGUUCAGUGCCAGCCUACCAGCAUGAAGAUAUAAUCUCCCGUGCAUGCGAAAUGGCUGCUGAAUCCAGGGAUGGAGGUAUGACUGGUGGUGGAGGUUCAGGUGGUGAAGAGCGUGACAAUGAUGGCCCACCAACCCCUAAAAUAAGCCGCGUAGAGGGAGGGGGAAACAACGGUGGCCCCUUAAGGGGUACCUCCUCAUCUUGCACAGUCUCUGGUAAUGAUGAGAGUCAGAGCCAAGUUAGACAGGAGAUUUUUCAAUACCUGGCUGAGCCUCUUCUCCAAGGCACACCUGACCUCUUCCAGUACUGGAGCUCAGCAGUGAAUGAGAAGUUUCCAAGGCUUGCUCGCUUGGCAAUGUGGCUCCUUGCUGUGCCGGCUGUGGGCAUACGCAAUGAGUGUGCGACUGUGUGCGAGCAGAGCCUGGCUAUGAAAAGGAGGCAGCAGGUAACCACUGAGGAGAUGAACAAACUAAUUUUUCUUCGCUCCAACAUGGGCUAGGAGAGAAAGUCAACCAAACCUUCACCCCCAACAAAUGACUCAAGACUAUUAUUUAUAUACUAUAGGUUUAGAACUGUAAACUUAAAUGUGUUAAAUACUCCUCAUGAAAGAUAUUUACAGGAAACUCACAUUGUAUAUUUUGCAACACCAUAAAACAACACGACUUAAUACAUUUAUAUGGUCCUUUCAAACAAACAGUACUUUACAAACAGUCCUUUUUCCAUAUGAGAAAGAAUUGAUUGUAAAGUGCUGUAGACAAAAUGUAGGGGUGGAACGGUAACUCAAAAGAUUGUCAUGUUUGGUACGCAACCCUCGGUUUGGGAUGCACAUGUAAGCAGGAUCAGUCUUAUCAUGGCCAGUGACUUGAAUUACUCCAGCCUAAUGACUAUACUGCUAAAAGGCUGCAAUGCUGUUAUUCUCACUGAAUGGCAACAUUUUCAGGUAAAGUCAGCCUUCACUGCUUGAAACGACUUUCACAGACCUCUGAAAAAACACAAUAGUAAGUAAUGUUACGUAUAGCUACGGUAUUUGGAGAAUGAUCAUUUUCAUUGUUAUAGAACAAAAAAAUGAAAAGGUGAAUCUUCACUGCCAUUGCAUCUACACUGAUUAAGUGUACUAGGUUUAUUUACUAUUGCGUUUCAGCGUCAGGUCAGGAGCUAAAUCAUUGCAGCUAAUUUGAAUGUUGCUUCAGUGGCCUAAAAAUGCAGUUGUGGGUCAUGAAUGCAUUUUUCAUCCUAAAGGGUAAACAUUUUGCCUGUGCAAUGCCCUCAGAUAAACAACAGUAAUAUUAAUAGCCAUCAGUUUGGUAAGCUUGUUGGGAAGGAUUUAAUGCAUACCUGCAUAAUUUAUUCUGUGGUUGUUGCCCACUGUGUGCAUUUGUUGUUGUUAUUAUUAUUAUUAUUAUUAUCAUUAUUAUUAUUUUAUGUGUGUGUAUAUAUAAUGUAUAUUAUUUACCCAUUUAUAAUUCUAAUUUAAACAUAUUUUCAUUUUUUAAGCAAUAAGCUUAUCAUAGGGCAAAGUUUCAAUUAUCUACUAAAUAUGACUGUUCUCAUGACGCUCCUACCGUUACUCAUUAAUGGUCAAUUAUUUUCGGUUGGUGAUAUCAAUGGGAUUUUCUCAGGAAUGAGUGCACCCAAGCAGGCGCCGCUACGUUUUCCCUUUACUGUACUGAAACCACGUCAAACUUUGACCUCAAUACUGAGGUAUGUACCAAACUGACUUUUAUGAUCAUUCCACCCCAAAUGCAUUUAGUGCCAUUUGCAACAAACAAACCCCCACCCUGAUCCAUUUUUAAUUUUUUCUCCAGCAUAAUGCAAAUUCUGCCACUACAAUUUCUAAAGUCCAUACAUGCCUACUAAUAAAUUUAUUUAUUUAUUUUAUGGAUUCUAGUAGACAUUUACACAAGCUAAUGCCUCUUGUAAUGACUUGGAUGAAUCAGUUAUACUGUAAAUUUGUUUGUUGCCUUUGGUACUAGUUUGUCAUUUCUGUCUUUGGGCCUUAAGUCUCUUUCAUGCAACCACCUUAAACCCUAGAGUCAGAACCAACACCAUGCCUUUUUAUUGCUGUUAAAUGGCCUUCUUUUCACCAUGCUUUCUAAAGCUUGUAGUUUGAUUUUUCACUCCUGUGGACCCCGGGGACCUCUGGCUGAUGUUUUGAAACAGUGUCCUCUAAUGGUCAAACCUCGAGAAAUCCCCCUCAUAAACAAGUGGUAUUUUACAAGUGCUUUAAAUUCAUGUCACCUCUUGGGUAUAAACAGGUCAGGAAUUAUUUCAACAAUAACGCAGCCAAGCACAAGUAUCCAAUGUAUUAAACUAUACUCAGUAGGUCAGUUCUUCAUUAGGUUCAUACCAGAGCAGCAAAAUGUAUCAAUAUUAAUAUUGUGGUAUGAGACUCCCAUUUGGAUUUUAUUUAUCUAAAUUUUUUUGAUUUGGCUCCUCCAAAUGAAUCAAAGGCUAAAUCCUACUCUUUCAAUCAUAUUUAAAUAGUAAACAUUAAUGGUCAUAAUUAAAAAUGUCAACUGUAAAAAGAAACAUAUCUAUUUAUUUAUUUUUCCCAGCUUUAAUUAGUACAAUUUAAGGUACAGUCACAUUACACUUGAAUAAAUAUUCACUUAGUCUCCAAUUCAUUUUUGAUUGAAUUUGACUAAUUCAAACAUCCUUGUCCUGUUUCAAUAUGAACUCCAUGGGUCAGAGUUCAACUUUUACCUCACAGAUGUGCGUGGAACACCGAUGGUGACCUGUACUUGGAGCCCUGUGGCACCACAUUCUUUUGUUCAACACCAGACUAAAAACUGCAUCUCGGUUAUAGAACGUUUACAUUUAGUGGUCGCUCCGAUCAACAUUUAUAAACCAGGUUGGAAUUGUGACAUGUCCCUUUUUGAGGCUGAGUGUGGGGCAAUUUUGUUAAAUGUGACUGUACCUUUUUAGUUUUUUAAGGACACAGGAAGUAGGAAGUCAUUACACUGCAAAUGGGGAAUUAUAGGGCAUUUGAGUGAAUGGUCUGGAAAGUGUAAAGCCAAGAACAGACAGGUCUCCAUAAAAUGCUAAUUGUUUUAGUCCGCCUGAAUGCAGUUGUGUAAGUUUUAAGUUUAUAUAAGAACAUUUGUCAACUUUUAUUAUAAAUGCAUUAAAGGUUGAAAUGCUUGA